AUGCAUCUCCUCCCCAUCUCCCUCACCGUCUCCUGCCUGCUGUCCCUGGCCGCCGACUCCCUCGCCGCGCCACAUCCCAGCAUCUUCCCCGGCGCGCACAUCGGCCUCUCGCGCAGAGCAUCCAAGCGCCGGAGUCCGGACGAGGUCGCUGCGUCCCUGCAGCGGCGCAAGCUGGCCCUGGAGGCCAAGUAUGGCAUCGGCAACGCUAAGAACAGGAAGCGCGCCAGUGGGCAGAACUUAAUUACAGAUGAGAACGCGGACUCCAGUUACUUUGGGUCAUUAGCGAUCGGUACGCCUGCCGUAUCGUUCGACGUCAUUCUCGACACAGGCUCGUCCGAUCUCUGGGUAGCAUCGUCCCAGACCGGCGCAACAUCCAACAUCCCGAGCGGAAUCGCGACCUUCGACGCCGCGGCGUCGAGCACGUUCAAGUCGCUCAACCAGAGCUUCUCCAUCACGUACGACUCUGGCAUGGCCCAGGGUGCGCUCGCGCAAGACAGUGUACAAAUGGCGGGCUUCGAGGUCAACUCGCAGGUGUUUGCGACAGUGACCGAGGUGUCGAGCAACGUGCUGAACGCGCCCGUAUCGGGUCUUAUGGGUCUCGCCUGGCAAGCGAUCGCGUCUUCGGGCGCGACACCGUUCUGGCAGGCUCUUGCGCAAUCGAACAGCACACUCACGGAGGGCCUCUUCGGUGUGCAGCUCACGCGGUAUAACAACGACACGAAGGUCACCGCACUCGAGCCUGGAGGAACAUUCACGCUUGGGGCGACCAACCAGAGCCUGUACACGGGCCAGAUUGACUUCCAGAAUAUUCCCACCGGCGAAGUAGGCUACUGGAUUCAGCAGAUCACCCAGUUGACUGUGAACGGCGCCUCCGUCAGCGUCGGUUCGGGCUCGUCCGCGUACGCUGCGAUUGACACAGGUACGACCCUCAUUGGUGGCCCUGCGGCGGUCAUUUCCGCCAUCUACGCCAAGGUUCCGGGCGCAACGGCGGGCACGGGUCAGCUCGCGGGCUACUGGACAUAUCCCUGCUCCCAACAGGUCACCAUCACACUCAAGUUCGGGAACUCGGCGAUCGCGUGGCCCAUCUCGUCGGACGACUUCGAGUUCGAGGCGGCCGACUCGUCGGGCACGACGUGCAUCGGCGCGUUCUUCGAGGUCGACAACACGGGCACGACCGCGCCCGCGUGGAUCGUCGGCGACACCUUCCUGAAGAACGUCUACUCCGUGUUCAGGUACAACCCGCCCGCGGUCGGCUUCGCGCAGCUCUCGCCCACCGCGCUCGCGAUGAACGGCGCACGCGGCGCCGCGCCGAGCGCGACGAUCGGCAGCGUGCAGGCGGCCGUGAGCGCGACGGGCACGGUCGACACGGGUGCGAACCGCGCGUCGAGUGCCGCGUCGCGCGCGGGGAGCGGCGUCGGUGUCGGCCUGCUGUCCGCGGCGUCGGCGGCGCUUCUGGCCAGCCUGUUGCUGUGA